AAAUAAUGGAAAGCAAAAUGAGUGGAUGAAAUGAAACCUUGGUCACUGCCUUUGUGAGAAGAGGAGAGUGAUGAUGAUAUCAGGAGGAGGAGGUGGUGGUGGAGGGAAAUCAUCGUGGAGUUCGUCAACAUCGUCAUGGGUACCCACAACCUCAGUGUCGGCAUCGGGAAAGAGGAUUCAGAGGGAAAUGGUUGAACUCAACAACGACCCUCCUCCUGAUUGCUCUGCUGGCCCCAAGGGCGAUAACCUCUAUCACUGGAUUGCCACCAUUAUUGGAACCCCAGAAACACCCUACCAAGGUGGCAUCUUUUUCCUUGACAUCAAAUUUCCAAUUGAUUAUCCCUUCAAGCCUCCCGAGGUAGUAUUCAAAACACGCAUUUACCACUGCAAUGUAGACCCUGAUGGCCGUGUUAGUAUGGGAAUAUUGAAGGAUGAUUGGAGUCCAGCACUAACAAUUACUAAGGUGCUACUAGAAGUUAGAUCAAUUAUGACAAAUCCUGAUCCUUAUAAUGCUGUUGUCCCUGGCAUCGCUCAUUUGUAUUCGGGAGACAGAGCAAAACAUGAUGAUAUUGCUGCAGAAUGGACGGUCCGAUUUGCCAAGUGAAUGUGAUACAAGUGCCCUUUGGUUGGCGUACAUCUUAUAUAUAAUGUUCCAACAUUUAUGUAAAUGAGAAUGAUAGUUAAUAGUAGUUCAUAGUAACAAGGUUAUCUCCUCCUUGCAAGUUGUUCCCUUAGAGUGCCUUAGUUGAUCCCUGAUAGUUGUAAGUGGAUAAUGAUCAUUGUGACGUGAUUUUAAUAAUUUUCUUAGUUCUUGUUUUUAUUUA